AUGCAGAGUGUUCUUGAAGCCCGCUUAGUCCACCAGUGUCUAGAUAUCGUGCUAGAGCCGCUCAAGCAAGCUGCACGCAUCGGCCGGAUGAUGUCGGACCCACUUGGGAACCUCAGAUACUGUUUCACUCCCUUAGCUUCGUACAUUGUCGAUACACCCGAGGCAUGCAUGCUCGCAUGUGUCCGAGGAAAGACCUCACCGAUCACUAUGGCUAUGUAUGAAAACUUCGGAGACGCCUUCCAGCACUCCCCUCGAACAGCUAAAAUGACUCUCGACCAGCUUUCGAGCAUUAGUUGUGACCCCCUCGACGUCGAAGGUUACUUUAAUGCAUGCGCUCCAUUCCGCCUGAGUGGCGUAGCCCAGCCAUUCUGGCGUGAUUGGUCACUUGCGGAUCCGCAUGUAUUUUUCACUCCCGAACCCCUGCAUCACUGGCACCGUGAGUUCUAUGAUCACGAUGUUAAGUGGUGUCUUGCAGCUGUUGGCGAACAGGAACUAGACUUUCGCUUCUCCGUUUCGCAACCACUCACGACGUUCCGACACUUCAAGCGACACGAUCGACGAAGUGCAUUGUCAAAGAUUCUCGGUGCCCUCGAGGAAUUUCACGAACACAAGCAAGAAAUCAUUGCUUGCGGUGCACGUCGAGGUGCAAAGAGCAAACAGGUCCUCGACAACUGGCAUAUACCCAAAUUGGAGUUGAUGCAGAGUGUCGAGCCCAGCAUACGUCAAGAUCCCGCAGAUUCCUCCAACAACAUCAACUAUGAUGCUCAAAUAUGCCGGUUUCUUGAUCGCCGAGAGAAAUGUCGAAACUUCCAGAUUGCAACAUCAAUAAUCGCUCGUUCACAAUCGCAGUCACAAGCUUCUACUUCUCGAAUGACGGACGCCAGUUCGGAACAUCAUGAUGAGUCGCACGACGAAGAUCCACACGCCGACAAAUCAAACUUGCAGACAGGUUUGGAUGAUCUCUGGGGGCCGAAGCGUGUAGUGACCGAUUUCUUCAAGAAGGCAGAGCAACUCUCUUCAGAUAUUGAAGUAGCCAGACCUCUCCGCACAUUCGUGGUCGUCGAUGUCGUCGCUGAAAAAUUCUCUCUACCUGACUUGCGGGGAGCACUCGCUGACUAUAUUCAACGAGAGGGUAUGGCUCAGAAUGUCCACUCGCUGAGGGGACAACGCCGAGCAUUGCCUGAUGCACCUCUUCCUUUUAAUGACCUUAUGGUCUGGUUUAAAGUACGCGUGCAGCAGGCAUCGUACCACAGCCCAUCAAUCACUCCUCCUGCUCUCACAGUCAACGCGCAUCCUCCGAGCGCAACUUGGAAGUAUGGGCGUUAUGACGCUGCUAUUUUCACUGUUGAUGACACCGGACGUGAACAAUGGCCUACUAGUGGGCUUAAAGGCCAUGAUGUUGUUGAGGUGCACCUUAUCAUGCAACCGCUUCCUCCACAAGGAAAACCUGGUAGUGCCCCUUGGGCCACGCGUUUUCUUACUUAUGUUCAGCGCCUAGAUGUUAUGCCUCAGCGUCAUGGAAGCUUGCUGGAAUGCACAACACAGAUGCAUGUUUUAAAACGUGCAAUGCGAUCAGCAGGGACUCCCUUCGGUGAUAUCCUCCCACUAGAUCAACUUCGUUCUUUUGCUCAAAUUAUCCCCCGCUUUGGUCGUGUUGCUGAUUCUCGUUUAACAGCACAAAAUAGUGCUCACUUUGCUCAGACAUUCUUCCUAAAUAAGUACAUCAACAAAGACUUCUACUAUGCUAUCUCAAACUAG